GUUAGGCCUCACGUUGGUGUCAUGGAUCUUUGCUGCUAUUGUCGGAAGGCAGUUCGUGGUAGGAGUGCUCCUGCGUCGCUGCGUGCGAUUGACGUGUUUCCAGGGAGGUUCAGAAGGAACUUUGGUGGUUGUUUUUCUCCUUGGGGGCUGCUUCAUGUUUGUGGGUGCCCUCAUCUACAACCAGCUGGUGCCUGACGAUCAACUGGACGGCACGUCCAAUGAUAUUUUCCUGAUCUUCGGUGCGCAGACGGAGCAGUAUCGCCAUGUCAACCAAUGUUGGCAGGCCUUGUCCUUGCUGGUGGAUAUGUUGACCAUCCUCACCGUGCUGGACGUGUGUUUGCAGGAUGAAAUGAGAUAUCCCAACUUCGUGCCCAGCAUCAAAGCCAUCUGGAUCAGGAGCUUUCAGGGAUGGGUUCGCGUGGUCUUCGCCUGGUCAUGCUUUAUUUGUGGCGCUGUGCCCAUUGUGUGGCUUGUUUUUCUCACAGGGCCCAAUCAGGACCAAAUUUCGGCGCCUGUGAUCUUUGGUGGUUCGGAUGAGGUGACACGCAGCAUUUGCGCUGGUGUCUUAGUCUUCGUUGACCUCCUGGUGACCGUGCAGGAUUGGGACUUUCCGACCUUUGAAGAGCCCUUGGAAAUUCAGGUGCCAACGAAAGUCUUGGGUACUUUUAGUGACAAGCUGAAGAUCACAUUCGUGGCCAAGUUCUUAGCUUUGAUACCUCAACCCUCCUGCAGUUGCUGGAAACGCCUCUGUCGAUAUCUGCCGGGCCCAGAGUUCUUUCAAGUCUCCAUCCGUGGGAAGUGGUUGCAGUAUGGGCCGCUCUGCGUUGUCAUGUUCAUUGAUUUGUGCUACUCCCGGACUCAGCUCUUCUACGAUCCCAGUUUCUUCGGACAAUAUGCAGAUCCCAGAGAUUUCUUCAUUUGGACCAUCACCGAUCAGGAAACACUGGAGAGCUCGUAUGAAGGCGGAUAUCUGAAGGAAAACGCCAGCGAGUUGAUCUCCUUUGAAGGCCGCUGGAACACCAGUACCUACGAAGUGUUGACUCCGGAAGCACUGACCGAUGCGACGACCCAAGUCGGAACGGAACGUUUCACGGAACGGCUGAUGGGCUGCGGGCUCUGGAUCAGCGGCUCCGCGUUGUUCUCCUUCGCCUGCUGCAUCUGCACCGCCGAUUGGAGGAGGGCUCGGGUUCUACAGGAGAUCAAAUUGGAGGAAGAAGAAAACCGUGCCCGCGCGAGAGAAGUUGAAGAGAAACCGGAGGCUGCGGCGAUUUCUGAAACGCCCAAAGAGACACCUGAGGUGCCUCCAGCACCUCAACCAGCAGAGGCCAGCGAGGUGAUCUCCGAUUUUAGUAGUGGCUUGGUGGAGACGCUGUGA